CUGAGCUCGUCCCUCCUUCUCCUCGCUUUCACCAACUUCAGGCCAGUUCAGCGCAAACAUGCGGAGAAUGUGCAGCGUGCUGCUGUGCGCCUGCGCCUUGCUGCUGCUCAGUGGCGAUGCACAGGCGAGACCGACCUUCGCUUGUGGGGGGAAUGUGACUGGAGAUUCUGGAGUUAUCGGCAGCCAAGGCUAUCCGGGAGUAUACCCUCCGAACACCAAAUGUGUGUGGAGAAUUACAGUCCCGGAGGGUAAAGUGGUGGUCCUCACCUUUCGUUUCCUUGAUCUGGAAAGUGACAACCUAUGCCGUUACGACUAUGUGGAUGUUUACAGUGGCCACGUCAAUGGCCAGCGCCUUGGACGUUUCUGUGGGACGUUUAGGCCGGGGGCCCUCGUCUCCACGGGAAACAAGAUGCUUGUUCAGAUGGUGUCUGAUGCCAACACGGCUGGUAGUGGCUUCCUGGCGGUCUUUUCGGCUGCUCAUCCUCAUGAGCGAGGGGAUCAGUAUUGCGGAGGGAGGCUGAUGAAGCCAUCGGGAACUUUUAAAACCCCCAACUGGCCAGAGAAAGACUAUCCGGCAGGAGUCACGUGCUCUUGGCACAUCAUCGCGCCGAAGAACCAGAUUAUUGAGGUGAAAUUUGAGAAGUUUGAUGUUGAAAGAGACAACUACUGCCGCUAUGACUACGUAGCUAUCUUUAACGGCGGAGAAAUCAAUGAUGCCAAGAGAAUUGGGAAAUUUUGUGGAGACACACCACCAGCGCCAGUGUUCUCUGAGGGCAAUCAGCUUCUUAUCCAGUUCCUCUCAGACUUGAGCCUAACGGCGGACGGCUUUAUCGGGCACUACAAAUUUAGGCCCAAGAAGUUCCCCACAACAACCAUGCCCCCAACUACCACCACACAGCCCACCACCACCAGACCCAUCCCUUUGAAGUAUUCUGCAUCGCUGUGUCAACAAAAAUGCAAGAGAAAAGGAACCCCUGAGAGCCAUUACUGUUCCAGCAACUUUGUUAUCACAGGAACGGUCAUCACUGCUGUGAUGCGUGGAGGAAGCAUGUAUGCUACUGUUUCCAUAAUCAACGUCUACAAAGAGGGCAGUCUGGCCAUCCAGCAGGCUGGCAAAACCAUGAGCACCAAGAUCGUAAUCCUGUGCAAGAAAUGCCCUUCAGUCAGGCGAGGCUUGAACUACAUCUUCAUGGGCCAGACAGACGAGGAGGGCCGUGGGAUGAUCGCCCCGCACCAUUUCGUCAUGGCCUUCAAGGCCAAGAACCAGAGAGCAUUCAACGUGCUGAAGAACAAGAGGUGCUGAACUCCGAUUUCUUCUGGCCCCAUCCUGAAACUCGCAAGCUUACACUUUGCUUCAUGAAGUUGCAAUCAAGAAUUCUCCACCAGUGAGAGUGGCUUCCUCCAUAAGGCUUUAAUCCGGACCAAUCAGCACCUGAUGAAGCAAUCUGAUGAAGUGUGGGGGGGUGAACAGUGAUGAUGAGAAGGAAUGAAUGAUGGGAAUGAAAAUCAAGAAGUGUCUAUGAUAGAAAAGGAAGAAUAACAGUGGAAGGUAAUCCAGUAAUUUCUGACCACAGUCAAUGUAGACAUUCCCAAACUUUUGCAAACGACUCGAAGGCCAGACUGAUUUAAAAUCCAGAGCACAAGGACCUCACGUUCUCCCACAAACACCUAUGUUAGGCGGGUGUGCCAUAUCUAUGCAUGUUUGUCAGGGGAUUCUAGAACAUUCACCCUCAUUAACACUGUUCCACAGUGUUCUCCUCCAUUCCUAUUGCUCUAGAACACCCCCCCCCCAUUCACACGUUUGACAUUGUUUUAGAAUGUCCUUCCACUUUCAUGUUAUUCUAGAAUGUUCUCCUCCAUUCACAUUGUUCUAGAACAGUGGGCACCAGCCCUGGUCCUGGAGAUCUGCCUUCUCGCAGAGUCUAGUUCCUACCACGAUCUGCCACACCAGCUCCAGCUAAGAAACUUCUUCAGAAGUUUUGGUUGGAUUGGGGGCAGCAUGUUGGAUGCAGGUUGGAACUAAACUCUGCAGGAAAGUAGAUCUCCAGAAGGAGGG